AUGCUGCAGCUUAUCAUGGAGUCGGCCAAGAUCGACCCGCCCCAAAGCCCCCCACCCAGUCCUUGUGCCACUAUCUACUUCAGAGAUAUCAAGAAGAGAACUUAUGCGGUGGAAGGGAACAACCCCACGUGGAAUGAGACGCUGGUCUGGCACCUCUGGACCGGUCCCCUGGAAAAUGACUCCUUCUUGCAAAUCAUCCUUCGGGACACGGGCUCAGCAAGAAAGGAAAGGUUCAUUGGCCUGGCCACAGUACUGCUCAAGCCCUUGGUGGAAAAACCGAGUGAGAUCCUGUUCGUGAAGGAUCUACCCCUGAUCAACCAUUCCAUGAAGCCCACAGACUGCACUGUCACCCUACAGGUGGCGCUUGUGACCUCCCGGAAUGUUAAGACAGAGGAUGAAGAUCGCCUUGGCAUAACGGCAAGAGACGUGGCAAAGCAGGGACUGAUGGUCCCCGGCAGUACUGUGCCCAGGACGCUGUCCUCAAAGCCUCAGGACUUCCAGGUCCGAGUGAAGGUGUUUGAAGCCCGACAGCUCAUGGGCAACAAUAUUAGGCCAGUGGUGAAGGUGACCGUCGGAGGCCACGAGCACCACACGAGGAUCAAGCUUGGAAACAACCCUUUCUUCAAUGAGACCUUCUUCCAGAACUUUCAUGAGGUUCCUGCAAAGUUCUUCGACGAGACCAUCUUAAUCCAGGUGAUGAACUCCUCGGUGCUGAGGUUCAAAUCAGAGAUCGGGAGAUUCCAAACAGAUAUUGGGUUUAUCUACCAUUCUCCAGGUCAUACACUCCUGAGGGAGUGGUUAGGUCUCUGCCAGCCAGACCAUCCCAGCAGUGGCGUGAGAGGCUAUUUGAAAGUCACCAUCUGUGCCCUUGGUGUGGGAGACCAGGCCAUGGUGGAUCUAAUGCUACCCUACAGGGCUGAUGAUACCGGCCCUAAGCUCUUCAAGUCGGCGGCAGUCCCGCUCAACACGGCUCAACUACAGUUCUUCAUCUACUGCGCUGAGGACCUUCAUUUCAAGAAACACCAGAUAGGGAACCCUAUGUUGGAGGUGGAACUAAGUGGGAAAAAGCUUAAGACCACCGUGCAGACCCAGACCGAGAACCCGAUCUGGAACCAGAUUCUGACCUUCCCGAUUCAGCUGCCCUGCCUCUCCAGCUACAUCAAGUUGAGAGUCUUGGACUGCCCCAGGAAGGAUUGCCGGGAUGAGAUCGGGACUGUCAGCCUGUCUCUCAACCAGAUCUCAUCCACCGGUGGAGAGAUGGAAGGAGUGUACUCUGGCUUCCUACCCUGCUUCGGCCCCAGCUUCCUGACUUUUCACGGGGGUAAAAAGGCCCCUUUCAGGAUCCAGGAAGAAGGCACUUGUCCUGACUCUGUGAAGGAUGGUUUAGAUUAUCGAGGCCGAGUCUUCCUGGAGUUAGUCACCGACAUAAAAUCCCAUCAAGACUUUAAGAUAAAGGAUCUCUCCCGCGAAGUGACCAGGAUGGAGAAACAACAGAACCGCCAGAAGUACGGGCUGUGUGUCAUCUUCCUCUCCUGCACCAUGAUGCCCAACUUUAAGGACCUGAUCCAAUUCGAGGUCAGCAUCGGCCACUAUGGAAACAAGAUGGACCUGAAUUACAAGCCUCUAGUCUCAACCACACAGUACAGCCCAGUGAUAUAUGAUGGGAACAUCUACCACUACGUGCCCUGGUACAACACCAAGCCUGUCGUGGCCGUGACCUCCUACUGGGAGGACGUCAGCUUCCGCAUGAACUGCCUCAACCUCCUCCACAUCGCUCGGGACCACCUGAAGGCCAAUCUGGACACCCUGAAGUCCACGCGGAAUCCGAAGGACCCGGCCCUGCUCCUCCAGUGGGAGAAGCUGCUGAAGGAGCUGCUUGAGGACUGCCAGCGCCCCCUGCCCUGCCUGACCGAUCAGCCCAAAGCCACGGAGCUGGACAAGAAGAGGUGGGAGCUCCGUAAUCACCUCCUGCAGCAGCUGGCCAGGCAGGCCAGGGAAGCCAAGCCCAAGGACAUGGUGGCCACCGCGGAGGGCUGGCUGUACCGCCUCAACUCCGUGCUCCCUGAGCCCCAGGUGAGCCUCCCGGACGCGAUGAUCUGGCUGAUGGUCAAGGACCAGCGAGUGGCCUACGCCCAGGUGCCCGCCCACACCAUCCUCUUCUCCCGGGCCGGGCCCCUGCAGUCUGGCAAAUUCUGCGGGAAGACACAGACUCUCCUCUUACAGUACCCAGAGGGUGAAGGACAGAAGGACAUGCUCCCGGCCCACAUCCGGGUCUGCAUGUGGCUCGGCAACGUGGAAGACAGCAAGGAUCUCAAGCUGCUCCGUCAUGGCAACGUGGUGGUGUAUGCAGAGACGUAUGAAAACCAGGCCAAGUACAAAGACCAGUGGGGGCAACAGGGGCUGCGCCGUUGCCCCAACUUCUCGGACGUCAUAGGACACACGUCCCUCCCCAAGGAGGAUUUCAGGGUGCCCCUGGGAUGGCACUGGCAGGGGAAGUGGAUGGUGGAGCCUCAGAGGAGACUUCUCCUGGACACAGACAUCAACAAGAGCCAGGUGCUGGAAGAGGUGUAUGAGAACCAGUGGCGUGACGUCACAGGGGCCUGGGUGCCUGCGGCCAUCCCAAACACGGACGUGGAAGGAAACUUCAUGGAGGCCCGGGAGAACAUAAAGUGCCCCCGAGGCUGGUACGUUCAGAAGAACUGGACUGUAGAGCUGAACCACGCGGUGGACAAUGAGGGCUGGGAGUACGGAGUGGGGAUCCCGCCCUCCGGCCUGCCGCUGGCCUGGAACUCGGUGGAGAAGACCUACUACUCGGUGCGACGGCGACGCUGGGUGCGUGUGCGCUUCCGGAGCCCCCGGACGCUGACCCACGAGCAGGAGACACUGUCCUUCCUCCAGCUGCACAGCCCCAGCGUGGCCAAGGAGGACGAGGGCUGGGAGUAUGGCACCUUUGGCUCCAAGUUCCACCUGAACCCUCAGCCUAACAGCCAGUUCCGCCGCCGCUGCUGGCACCGAAGGCUGGCCCCCAACAAGGACAGGGGCGUUGCACCCAUAUUUCUCCUCGAGGGAUCCCUGGCACUGGGCAUGGACCUGACUCAGGACAAGAAGGACCAGGAGGACAGAACAUCUUUAUGGGGAAUGCACAAAAUGCUUUCCAACAUCUGGAGGCCUACCCCAGAGAACACCCAGCCACCCAACAUGCCCUUCAUCUACUGCAUCUUCAACAAGCCCCACUACUACCAGCUCUUCUGCUACAUCUACCAGGCCCGGAACCUGAAGCCCAACCAGAUCCAGAUGUUCCAGGGGCCUUUCAUUCGAGCGGUCUUCCUGAACCACAGCCAGUCCACGCAGACACUGAGCAGCUCCACAGCCCCCACCUGGGCCCAGACGCUGGUCUUCCUGCACCUCCUCCUCUAUGAGAACCCCCAGGACACCAAAGAGAGCCCACCACUCGUGGUGCUGGAACUGUGGCAGCAGGACUCCCAGGGCAAAGAGAGCUUGUGGGGACGAAGCAUGUGGUCCCCAGUGGUCUGGCUGGAUCUCGAAGACCGGACCCUGCCCCCCAUGAGGUGGCACCCCCUUGUAAAAGCGAUGGGGGAGGAAGAGGGUGAGAUCUUGGCAUCCUGUGAGCUGAUCCUCGAGACCCAGAGUGUCAGAGAGAAGAAGCCGCCGAUCCUGAGUGUUCCCUGGAAGGAUAAGGUCUACAUGCUCCCCAAGGACAUCCAGCCCACGCUGAAGAAGAUGGCUGUUGAGGUCCUGGUCUGGGGCCUCCGGAACAUGAAGAACGUACGCUCCCCCUAUCUCCUGGUGGAAUGUGGGGAGCAGUCCCUGAGGACAGAGCCCAUCAAGGACUUCCAGACCAACCCCAACUUCCCCCAGUCUGCCCUCUUCUUCACACUGUUUAUGCCUACAGAGGAGGCCUACUCACUGCCCCUCAUGGUGAAGGUGGUGGACACCCGGGACUUCAGCCAGCAGACCGUGGUGGGUCAGGCCAUCAUUGACUUCCUACAGCCCUAUGUCUGUGACCCCUGGGCUGACAACUACGUGCCCCCAAGGCUUCCAACGCUGUCCAUGAAGAAGCACCACCAGCUCCUAGGUUACCUCUAUGAAAAGUUACGGCUCAAUUACCACAAAGCCGAGGGUGCCCCCCCACCCCAGCAACCAAGGGCCAAAGGCAGAAUUACCCUCUUCCUGCAGGAUGAGUAUGAGCAUGACGUGGACUGGUGGAGCAAGCUGUCCUGGGCCACCAGAGAUGCCCCCGGAUCCUUACAGUACAAGGACAAAGACUACCACACCCUGAAGGUGUACGACUGUGAGCUGGAGGCUGUGCCAGACUUCAAAGGUCUGCAGGACUUCUGCCAGACUUUCAAACUCUACAAGGAGAAGCCCGUGCUGGACAGCCCCGUAGUGGGAGAGUUCAAGGGCCUUUUCCGCAUCUACCCAUUCCCUGAGGACCCCAAAGCCACCAAGCCCCCCCGGCAGUUCCUGGUCUGGCCCGAGAGAGAAGGCUUCCCUCAGCAGUGUUUGGUGCGGGUGUACGUGGUGCGGGCACUCAGCCUGCAGCCCCAGGACUACAAUGGUCUGUGUGACCCCUACGUGAUCCUGAAACUGGGUCAGAAACAGCUUGGCAACCGGGACACGUACCAGCCAAACACUCUGGACCCCAUCUUUGGCAUGAUGUUUGAACUGAGCUGCAACAUCCCCCUGGAGAAGGACCUGGAGAUCCAGCUCUAUGACUUUGACCUGUUCUCACCUGACGAUAAGAUUGGAACCACGGUCAUCGACCUCGAAAACCGACUCUUGUCUGGCUUUGGAGCUCGCUGUGGGCUCUCCAAAUCCUACUGCCAAUCAGGACCCUUCAGGUGGCGGGAUCAGAUGCCCCCAAGCUACCUCCUGGAACGCCACGCCAGGCUGAAAGGGCUGCCUCCGCCUCUGUUCGAUUCUGAGGACAACUCUGUGUUUUACAAUGGGAAGAAGUUCAAACUGCAAAGCUUUGAGCCCAAGCCCCCUACUGCUCAGGAUUUGGGGCCCGAGAAGGAGCGCCUCGCACUCCACCUCCUGCACACGCAAGGGCUGGUGCCUGAGCACCUGGAGACACGCACGCUGUACAGUGACAGCCAGCCAGGCAUCGACCAGGGAAAGGUACAAAUGUGGGUGGAUAUCUUCCCCAAGAAGCUUGGGCCUCCUGGCCCCCCGGUCAACAUCAGCCCCAGAAAGCCGAAGAGGUAUGAGCUCCGCUGCAUCAUCUGGCAAGUUUCCAGCAUGGACCUGCAGGACACCCACUACAGCGGCAAGAACUCCAGCGACAUCUAUGUCAAAGGGUGGUUGUUUGGACUGGAGAAGGACAUGCAGAUGACAGACAUCCACUACUACUCCACGACUGGGAGGGGCUACUUCAACUGGCGGUUCAUCUUCACCAUGGACUACCUAGCAGCCGAGCAAAUGUGCAUCCAGAGCCAGAAGGACUACAUAUGGAGCCUGGAUCCCACAUCACUCAAGUUCCCACCCCGGCUCAUCAUUCAGGUCUGGGACAAUGAUGUCUUAUCCAGUGAUGACUUCCUAGGGGUCCUGGAGCUGGAUCUGUCUGACAUGCCCUUCCCUGCCCGGUAUGCCAAGAACUGCUCCACCAGGCUGAUGGACACGGAGCCCAAGUGGCCCCACUUCCACCAACACAAGCAUAUCUCCCUCUUUAAGAAGAAGAUUGUGACUGGCUGGUGGCCUUGCCAGGUCCUCGACAAUGGAAAAUGGCGCUUGUCGGGUAAAGUGAACAUGACUCUGGAGAUGCUGACAGAGGAAGAAGCCUCACUCAAGCCAGCCGGACGAGGCCAGUCAGAACCCAACCAAUACCCUACACUUCAACCCCCCAUACGCCUCGACAACACCUUCAGAUGGGUGCUGUUACCCAUCCAAAACUUGUUGCACUAUAUCUGGAGACACAACCGCUACAGAAUCCUAGCCCUCUUUGUCAUACUGACUGCACUGUUGAUGCUGUUCAACUUUAUCUAUUCAACUCCGAACUAUUUGGCCAUGAGCUUGAUUAAACCUGGAGUUCAGGUACACACUGCCAUUAAAAUAUCCAGCAAUGCCGUCACUUCACUCACCACCACCAACAGCAACUAUUCCAUCCUCACCACCCAGGAUCUGAAGCUACAACCUACUACAAUCGACCCUGAGUUUAACCAGGGACCUAUGAAUCUCCUGAGAGAUCUUUUUCCAGAUCUUCCAAUCCCAAGACUACUUCACCCACGAGAGCACUCCAGCCCGUGA